UUGGCGCUCUCCCCGUGUCUAAUAGGGGAGACUCUGCGGCCUGAGGGAGCCCUGCGGCCCGCACCCCGGCGCAAGCGCAGCCCCGGCCAGUCGGGCCUCAGCCGGAGCAGCAGUUGUGACCCCUGAUUCCAGCAGAAUGGCCCAAUGGAAUCAGCUACAGCAGCUGGACACACGGUACCUGGAGCAGCUUCAUCAGCUGUACAGCGACAGCUUCCCGAUGGAGCUCCGGCAGUUUCUGGCCCCUUGGAUUGAGAGUCAAGAUUGGGCAUAUGCAGCCAGCAAAGAAUCCCACGCCACUUUGGUGUUUCAUAAUCUCUUGGGUGAAAUUGACCAGCAGUAUAGCCGCUUCCUGCAGGAGUCCAAUGUUCUCUAUCAGCACAACCUGCGAAGAAUCAAGCAGUUCCUUCAGAGCAGAUAUCUUGAGAAGCCAAUGGAGAUUGCCCGAAUUGUGGCCCGGUGCCUGUGGGAAGAGUCCCGCCUCCUCCAGACUGCAGCCACUGCAGCCCAGCAAGGGGGCCAGGCCAACCACCCCACAGCCGCUGUGGUGACAGAGAAGCAGCAGAUGCUGGAGCAGCACCUUCAGGAUGUUCGCAAGCGUGUCCAGGAUCUGGAACAGAAAAUGAAAGUGGUGGAGAAUCUCCAGGAUGACUUUGAUUUCAACUACAAAACCCUCAAGAGUCAAGGAGAUAUGCAAGACCUGAAUGGAAACAACCAGUCAGUGACCAGGCAGAAGAUGCAGCAGCUGGAGCAGAUGCUCACUGCGCUGGACCAGAUGCGGCGAAGCAUCGUGAGUGAGUUGGCGGGGCUUUUGUCAGCUAUGGAGUAUGUGCAGAAAACUCUCACGGAUGAAGAGCUGGCUGACUGGAAGAGGCGGCAGCAGAUUGCGUGCAUUGGAGGCCCUCCCAACAUCUGCCUGGAUCGGCUAGAAAACUGGAUAACCUCAUUAGCAGAAUCUCAACUUCAGACCCGCCAACAAAUUAAGAAACUAGAGGAGCUGCAGCAGAAAGUGAGCUACAAAGGGGACCCCAUUGUACAGCACCGGCCCAUGCUGGAGGAGAGAAUCGUGGAGCUGUUCAGAAACUUGAUGAAAAGUGCCUUCGUGGUGGAGCGACAGCCCUGCAUGCCUAUGCACCCUGACCGGCCAUUAGUCAUCAAGACCGGUGUCCAGUUUACAACGAAAGUCAGAUUGCUGGUCAAAUUCCCUGAGCUAAACUAUCAGCUUAAAAUUAAAGUGUGCAUUGACAAAGACUCCGGGGACGUCGCGGCUCUCAGAGGAUCCCGGAAAUUUAACAUCCUGGGCACCAACACGAAAGUGAUGAAUAUGGAAGAGUCCAACAACGGCAGCCUCUCCGCAGAGUUCAAACACCUGACCCUGAGAGAGCAGAGAUGUGGGAACGGGGGCCGAGCCAAUUGCGACGCCUCCCUCAUUGUGACCGAGGAGCUGCACCUGAUCACCUUUGAGACCGAGGUGUAUCAUCAAGGCCUCAAGAUUGACCUGGAGACCCACUCCUUGCCAGUCGUGGUCAUCUCCAACAUCUGUCAGAUGCCCAACGCCUGGGCCUCCAUCCUGUGGUAUAAUAUGCUGACCAACAACCCCAAGAACGUGAACUUUUUCACCAAGCCCCCGAUCGGAACGUGGGAUCAAGUGGCCGAGGUGCUGAGCUGGCAGUUCUCUUCCACCACCAAGCGAGGGCUGAGCAUCGAGCAGUUGAGCACGCUGGCAGAGAAACUCCUAGGACCUGGUGUGAACUAUUCAGGGUGUCAGAUCACGUGGGCUAAGUUUUGCAAAGAAAACAUGGCUGGCAAGGGCUUCUCCUUCUGGGUCUGGCUGGACAAUAUCAUUGACCUUGUGAAAAAGUACAUCCUGGCCCUUUGGAAUGAAGGGUACAUAAUGGGCUUUAUCAGUAAGGAGAGGGAGCGGGCCAUCUUGAGCACCAAGCCCCCAGGCACCUUCCUGCUGAGAUUCAGUGAAAGCAGCAAAGAAGGAGGAGUCACCUUCACUUGGGUGGAGAAGGACAUCAGCGGUAAGACCCAGAUCCAGUCGGUGGAACCGUACACCAAGCAGCAGCUCAACAACAUGUCGUUUGCUGAAAUCAUCAUGGGCUAUAAGAUCAUGGAUGCUACCAACAUCCUCGUGUCUCCGCUGGUCUACCUCUACCCUGACAUUCCAAAGGAGGCGUUUGGAAAGUAUUGUCGGCCAGAGAGCCAGGAGCAUCCCGAAGCUGACCCAGGUAGUGCUGCCCCAUACCUGAAGACCAAGUUCAUCUGUGUGACACCAACGACCUGCAGCAAUACCAUUGACCUGCCGAUGUCCCCCCGCACUUUAGAUUCAUUGAUGCAGUUUGGAAAUAAUGGUGAAGGUGCUGAGCCCUCAGCAGGAGGGCAGUUUGAGUCCCUCACCUUCGACAUGGAGCUGAACUCGGAGUGCGCUACCUCCCCCAUGUGAGGAGCCGAGGACAGGAGCUGCAGAGAG